AUGGAGUCUGCAACAGCGGAGGUGCCGCCCCUCAGCAGGGAGCCAGCAACACCUAUACAGCAGCAGCAGCAGCAGCAGCAGCAGCAGCAGGAACAGCAGCAGCAGCAACAGCAGGGAGAACAGCAGCAGGAUAAAGAGAAGCAUGGGAACCAACAGCAGCAGAAUGAGGAGAAAGUAGAAGAUUUGGAUUACCUGCAGCAAGAACAGCAGCAGCAGCAGCAGCAGCAGCAGCAAGACAACGAGCAGCAGCAGCAGCAGCAGCAGCAGCAGCAGCAAGCUCAUGACUCUGCAGCAGCACGUUCUCCGCUGCAUGCGCUACGCAGCCAACGCACGGUCAAGUUUGACUCUGUAUCUUUCCCCAGCAGCAGCAGCAACAGCAGCAGCAGCAGCAGCAGCAGCAGCAGCAGCAGGGGCCUCCCCAGCCGCAUGCAGGCCCUGGGCUCUCGGGUGUAUACGGAGGUAGCGAAGCCAAACGAAGAAGCUUUUGGUGCUGCGCUGCGCUCGCUUGAGUCUGCUGCUUUCUCGAAGCUUUCUGCUGCUGCUGCUGCUGCUGCUGCUGACAACCAACAACCACAAACCAUCAACACCACAACGCAUGCGCCUUCUCGUGAUCUGAGUGGUUUUUACCAAAAGCUGCUGGGGGAGGACUGGGAGGAGCAGCUGCAGCAGAUAGACGAGCAGCAGGUAGAGAAUGUCUUCGCUGGUGAAGCAGCAAAGGAGAGUGAGGGCGUUGAGGAGGUGUCUGCGGUGGCAGCAGAAAGCCGGCCGGGGAAGGUCCGCCAAAGAAUUCGAAGAAGAGACAGACCACGCACACAAGAUAUCAGCGACGAGGUGGCGGAUGAUUUACAGGUGGCGGAUGACGAACCCCUCAUCACUGCAGAUGAGAUCGCGUGCGCUAAACCCUAA